CGCCUGCCCACUGGCACAGUUCACGGCACAGCUAAGACGGGGGAUGCGGGACAAGAACCCAGGAUCCAUUGCUCGGCAGCCUCACAAUGUGCUGCAGGCUGGCCUGCUCACUUCUCACCUGAGCUGGGCUCGGCCAUGGACAUCGUCCGUGGGUGACAUCGUUUAUCCUGGGCUCGAGCCUCAAUCAGCCCAGCCGAGAUCUCAUGUUUCUGAGCCGCCAUCGUCAGCUUCCUGAACUUUGGCUCGCGGACCCGCUGCCGGAGCCCCCUUGGGCAUCCAGACAGCCAGAGCUCCAUGGGUGCCAUGCCGACGCCCUAUUUGUCUCGAGAGCCGCUUGCGGCCCGGCGUCGCAAAUUCUUGGACCAACAACACCACGUGUGGAUUCAACGUCAGUGCGGCCUGGACCGAGACAAAACAUCACAUCAUUACCCAGUGGAGUAGCCGUUGCUUGGCCGGUCAGGCACGGCAUUGGCGUGAUUGCGUUGCUUUGCUCGCCUAAAUUCUAAUUCGGGCUGGAUGAGGCGAUGAGGCUCUCUGGUGCCAUGCCUCGGAGCAACACCACAUGCUUCCUCUAAAUGGCGCAAACCCACCGCUCUCUUCAGCUGGACUCUUGUCCUGGCCGUCUACCAAAGUCUACUCUAUGGACUGUGCUGAGUUCUGACCACAGCCAACGCGUUGCAUAGCUUUCACCGUCAAAUCGCCGAGUUGAAGCCGCCAUGCCGCGACUUGGCGAGCAGGGCUUCUGGAACACCACCGUGCAGCGCCUGCGAGAUGAUGACACGCAGCUUGAGACGGCAAGGAGCAGCUUGCUAUUUCGAUCGUGAGUACAAGUGUGUGGCAGCUUCUAGAGGCAGUGGGAUGGGUGGCGGGGGCUGCGGCGAUCAACUGGAUCGAGUGGUAAUGACAGAAGGGGCCACUGAAGCUUGGGGACCAAGCAGACCGGCCCAGCUGUCAUUCAGCCAGUCGGUUGUCGUUGCUGAGGCAGUCAACCGGCAGGCCGAAGGGCCCCCAGCUUGCCUCCCCUGCCUGCCGCUGGGCGGCUACCGGCGAGAGCAACAUUUGAAGACUGAAGUCCUGACUGCCAGGACCAUCAGACCAGAAAAAAAAACCCCAAUCGACAGUCGGCUACGCGCGGAACGGCGAGUGAGGAGCAAGGAAAGACUGCACGAGCAAUUAAUCCCAUCAUUCAUUAGUCUUCGGUGCAGCCUCGUUCGCCCUGCCGGUUGGUCUCAGGGCCAUGUCUCUAGCUCUUUCCUCAUCGCUGAGACUGGCCGCCUCGCAGAGACUUUUGACUUCGAGAUCCACAAGCGCCUCUGCUCUGUUGCUAUGCUCGAGGUUGCCCAGGACAGUGCAGCCGCCAUCCUCUUUUAGACCAUCAGGUGCAACCCCUCCACCCCUCACCAAGAGACUAUACUCUGUAAUCAGGACUUCGACUUCAGAUUGUUAUUAUCCGUUGCCUCGCGCCCGGAGGCUUCCCUCUAGCAUCAGACCCCAAAUUCGUCACUGCUCAUUCAGGAGAAACAACAUGUGCAGACACGCUGGCGCCACCGACUCCUCGAGCUCGCUCAACGUGAGCGGGAGAGAGCUCCUCCCCACCAACGUCGUCCCGAGGCACUAUGACCUGACGCUGGAGCCCAACUUCACCGACUUUACCUUUGACGGUACUGUCGUGGUAGACCUCGAUGUGGCUGAGGACUCCAAGUCCAUUUCCUUGCACACACUCGAGCUUGACAUCCACUCAGCCAAGGUCUCAUCCGGUGGCAAGGUCGUCAGCUCUGAGCCCCAGAUUUCGUACGAUGAGAAGACCCAGGUUUCCAAGUUCGACUUCUCCGAUGCCAUCCCCAAGGGCAACAAGGCCCAGCUGGAGAUCAAGUUCACCGGCCAGCUCAAUGACAAGAUGGCGGGCUUCUACCGCUCAACAUACAAGAAGUCCGAUGGCACCGAGGGCGUCCUGGCUACAUCCCAGAUGGAGCCUACUGACGCCCGGAGGUCCUUCCCUUGCUUUGACGAGCCCUCGCUCAAGGCCGAGUUCACCGUAACCUUGGUCGCCGACAAGAACCUGACUUGCUUGAGCAACAUGGAUGUCGCCUCAGAGACCGAGGUUCAGUCUGGCAAGAAGGCUGUCAAGUUCAACAAGUCCCCCCUCAUGUCGACAUACCUGAUCGCAUUCAUUGUCGGCGAGCUCAAUUACAUCGAGACCAACGAUUUCCGUGUUCCCGUUCGUGUCUACGCGCCCCCCGGCCAGGACAUCGAACACGGCCGUUUCUCUCUGAACUUGGCCGCAAGGACACUAGCGUUCUACGAAAAGGUCUUCGGCAUCGAGUUCCCGCUGCCGAAGAUGGACCAGGUUGCAAUUCCGGACUUUGCGCAGGGCGCCAUGGAGAACUGGGGCCUGGUCACCUACCGUGUCGUCGACCUUCUCCUCGACGAGAAAGCCAGCGGUGCCGCUACGAAGGAGCGAGUUGCCGAGGUCGUGCAGCACGAGCUUGCACACCAAUGGUUUGGCAACCUCGUCACCAUGGACUGGUGGGAGGGUCUGUGGCUCAACGAGGGUUUCGCCACCUGGGCAUCUUGGUACAGCUGUAACGAGUUCUACCCUGAGUGGAAGGUUUGGCAGACCUUCGUCACAGACACCCUCCAGGGCGGUCUGUCUCUGGACUCCCUCCGGAGCAGCCAUCCGAUCGAGGUCCCUGUCAAGCGGGCCGACGAGAUCAACCAGAUCUUCGAUGCGAUCUCAUACAUGAAAGGCUCGUGUGUCCUUCGCAUGGUCUCCACUUAUCUCGGCGAGGACGUCUUCCUCGAGGGCGUGAGGAAGUACCUUAAGAAGCAUGCCUACGGCAACACGCAGACGGGCGAUCUUUGGGCCUCUCUCGCUGAGGCCAGCGGCAAAGAAGUUGAAGAGGUCAUGGACACCUGGACCAAGAAGAUCGGAUUCCCGGUCGUGACCGUCUCAGAGAGUGGCCCAGAUAGGAUACACGUAAAGCAGAACCGAUUCCUGCGAACCGGCGACGUGAAGCCCGAGGAAGACGAGACUCUGUAUCCCGUUCUUCUCGGCCUGCGAACGGAGGACGGCGUCAACAGGGGUCUAAUCCUUAACCAGCGUGAAGCAGACUUCUACGUCCCCAACACAGACUUUUACAAGCUGAACGCCGAUCACACCAACCCCUACCGAACAUCCUACUCCCCCGAGCGCCUGGCGAAACUUGGAGAUGCGGCCAAGAAGGGCCAACUGAGUGUCGAGGACCGCGCAGGCAUGAUCUCGGAUGCAGGGGCUCUUGCCCAGUCAGGCUACCAGAAGACUUCCGGUGUCCUGAGCCUGCUCAAAGGUUUCGACACCGAGACAGAGUUCGUCGUCUGGGGUGAGAUUGUGGCCCGUCUGAGUGCUGUGCAGGCUGCCUGGAUCUUCGAGGCUGAGAGUGUGCGAGAGGGCCUGGAGAACUUUCAGCGGCACCUUGUCAGCUCCAAGGCACACGCGAAGGGCUGGUCGUUCACUGAAAACGAUGGACAUGUCGAGCAGCAGUUCAAAGCCUUGUUGUUUGGAAGCGCUGGCUUGUCUGGAGACCAAAAGAUCAUCAGCGCUGCAAAGGACAUGUUCAACAAGUACAUGGCUGGCGAUAGGAAUGCCGUUCACCCCAACAUCCGUGGCAGUGUCUUCGCCAUGGCUCUGAAGUACGGUGGCAAAGACGAGUACGAGAAAGUGCUUGACUUCUACCGCAAUUCCACAAACAGCGACGAGCGCAACACGGCACUUCGCUCUCUCGGUCGCGCUAAGCAGCCCGAACUGAUUCAGAAGACCCUGGACUUGCUUUUCAGCGGUGAGAUCAAAGACCAGGACAUCUACCUCCCCACGAGCGGGUUGCGCACUCACCCGGAGGGUAUCAAUGCCCUGUUCAAGUGGAUGAACGAGAACUGGGAUGAGCUCUACAAGCGCUUGCCUCCGGCGCUCUCCAUGCUGGGUUCCAUGGUCCAGAUUAUGACCUCGAGCUUCACGAAGCAAGAGCAGCUGGCUGAGGUUGAGAAGUUCUUCAAGGACAAGAAUACCAACGGUUAUGACCAAUCUCUGGCCCAGAGUCUGGAUGGCGUGAGGUCCAAGAUCCAGUGGCUGGAGAGAGACCGUUCGGAUGUGGCAAACUGGCUGGCUCAGAAUGGCUGGGGUGCAUAGAUCGCGAACUUCGGCCAGCGACCAGAUGCACAGAUGUUAGAGAGGCUUGGAAUGGAGGCCGCCUAAAAUAUGUGCUGAGCAAUCAACUCCAGAAACAGGAUUAUGUAUAUAUGAAAGCACGGCUAGAGAUGCCGCAGGGACUUGUACCCUGGAGAGGACAGGGCUCUGCGAUGGACGCCGCGUCCUGGAUCGACAGACGUACGAUAGUUACAGUGCCUGUGUAUAUGUUAUUAGACACCAGCAGCCAAGGCGUAUAAUGCCACUCUCACCCUG